AUGGCACUGGCCAGAAGUGCGACGCAUGCGCCGCUGGUCCGCGGGACAUCCGGCUUGCCAUGCAGAGUUCGGCUCCCACCUCCGAAGCUCGUGGCCGUGGGCCAUCGCCUCGCCGGGCCAGGCAGUGCUCGAGUGCCAGUGGCCCUCGGCCUGGCCCUGCUGGCGGCAAAGCGAGGUUCGCGGCCUCUGCGGGCUGCAGACGCCCGCAGCGAGGGUGCGGCACGGAGCUUGGCGGCCUUGCAAGAGAGGUUCAACGAUGUACCGGAGGAGGAGCUGCUGCGCUUCGCCCGGGCGCGGUGGAGAGAUCCCGACACUGCUCUCGCGAUGUUCAGCGAACAUCGGCGCUGGAGACAGGGCAGCGGGCACCCUGAACAGCUUCAGACCGCCCUUGCCAAGACACCUGAGGGGUUCUGUGCCUCAGGGCCCAAGGAGCCGGGUGCCUGCGAUGGCACGCGGGUUCUGCUGGUGCAAGGGGCCCGCUACCAGCUGGGAGCCGCCGAGCCAGAGGAGUACACGCUGGGCAUCUGCAGGGUAUUGGAUGAAAUAUUUGCGGAUGCCGGUGAUGAGGAGGCCCGGGUUACGGUGCUCAUCGACGUACGCCGGGGCGAAGGCUGGCCGAAUCCACCGGCGAUCAAGCUGCUUCCCUUCAUCCAGGCAUGUGCUCGCAUCAUCUCGGCUCACUAUCCUGAGCGCCUUCGCCGCUUGAUUAUUUACCCGGUGCCCUGGGUUGCGACCAUGAUUCUGAAAAUUGUGAAGAAGCUACUGGACCCAGUAACCUUCAACAAGAUCGUGGCCAUUGCCGGCGACGACCAGAUUGGAUCUCGUUGUCCAGCGGCUGAGCUCCGAAAGUAUGUGGUUAAAGAAAGCUUGCCUGAGCAUGCUUGGCCGAUGCAUGACGGUCUUUGA